AAUUUACGUUCUGUGAUGUCAAAAUAAUUCAAUUCUCAGCAUCGGUUUUUAGUUAUCUUAAAAAUGUUUUGUUUACUUUCACGACAUGCCCGUUUUCCUCUUAAAAUACUUUUCCAAUCUUCACAAAACAUUAAAAGACAUCAACCUUUAAAAUUGCUGCAUACAUCAAAAUAUCUUUGCCAUGGCGGUGAUUACGAAUCGAAAGACCCCAAAUCAGAAGAUGAAGUUGUUAAUAUAACCUACGUCGAUAAGGAUGGCAAGAGGACACCUGUAAGGGGAAAAAUCGGUGAUAACAUAAUGUACCUGGCACAUCGAUAUGGAGUCGAAAUGGAAGGAGCAUGCGAAGCAUCUUUAGCUUGUACAACGUGUCACGUUUACGUCGAUUACGACUACUUGGACAAACUUCCCGAGGCUGAGGAAAAGGAAGAUGAUCUCUUGGAUAUGGCACCAUUCCUGAAAGAGAAUUCUCGUCUAGGCUGUCAAAUCCUCCUCACAAAAGAACUAGACGGCAUGGAAGUGACAUUGCCAAAGGCAACUAGAAACUUUUACGUUGACGGCCACAAACCAAAACCCCAUUGAGAUUGUUCUAGCCUAAGUUAAUAGAAUUUUAGAAUAAAGCAUAAUAAAUAAAACAAA